GUAUCCCAGGAUGACUUUCUUCAGCCAUGUAGUUACCCAAUGGAUGCUCGGUGCGCUUAUUCAGUGACCAAUCGGGGGGUAGCCUAAUCUUUUAAUUCUAAGAGUUAAAUACCACGAAAUCGUGUUAUCAGCGCAAUUUACAUCAAUUAGUUUAUUAGCCUAGUGUGGGAUGCACUUGUGCGAUCUGUAAAGCUUCAUUUUGGUCAACAAGUAGUUGGCACGAUCAACAGAGACAGAUUCCAGGUUUUUGUCAGCACACAGGGGCAGCAGCUCGACAUGCUAUCGGGUAUGCGGGUCUGUGUGCCCUCCGCUGCAGCUCUAUUCGGCUCGUUGUGCCAUGGCUGUCGCAGCUGGGCACGUAGUUUGUCAUUCCGGGGUUUUAGUUGGUCGCCCCGAAAGAUCAGCCGGUGGACCAGUCAAGAUUCCAUUGACCUACCUCCUGCGGAGAACCCACGAAUUCUCAUCACAGGUGGUCUUGGACAGUUAGGUGUGGGGCUUGCAGAAAUCCUGAGGAAACAGUACGGAACAGAAAACGUUAUCCUGUCGGAUAUCAAGAAGCCUCCACCAGAAGUGUGCAGAAGUGGCCCGUUUGUGUAUGCUGAUGUGUUGGACUAUAAGAACCUCAGAGAGUUGGUGGUGAAUAACCGCAUCACCUGGCUGGUGCAUUACAGCGCUCUACUCAGUGUUGUGGGAGAGGCCAAUGUGGCCCUAGCACGCAAGAUCAAUAUCACAGGGCUUCAUAAUGUGCUGGACCUGGCUCUGGAGAGCUGUUUACGUCUCUUUGUCCCCAGCACCAUCGGAGCCUUUGGCCCUUCUUCUCCCCGUGACCCUGCACCUGACCUGUGUGUCCAGAGGCCUCGCACCAUUUAUGGGGUGUCCAAAGUGCAUGGCGAACUGAUGGGGGAGUAUCUUCAUCACAAGUAUGGACUGGACUUCCGCUGCCUACGCUAUCCUGGCGUCAUCUCAGCAAACACACAGACUGGGGGAGGAACAACAGACUAUGCUGUCCAGAUUUUUCAUGAUGCCCUCAGCACGGGUCACCACGAUUGCUAUUUACGCGCUGACACGCGACUGCCGAUGAUGCAUGUUGGUGACUGCCACCGUGCGACUGUGGAGUUCAUGCAGGCCCCGGAAUGCCAGCUGUCGCUGCGCACAUACAACAUCGAUGCCAUGAGCUUCACCCCUGAGGAAGUGGCCACGGAAAUCCGCAAGCACCUGCCCCACCUCAAGGUCACCUAUAACCCUGACUCUGUCCGCCAGACAAUUGCGGACAGCUGGCCGGUGAGGUUUGAUGACUCCAACGCACGGAGAGAUUGGGGCUGGAAGUCGACAUAUGGGCUUGAGGAGCUMGUCUCAGACAUGCUGAGCUCCAUCCGUGACAAGAGGACCAACGCCGGACUGCCAGUCAGCUAGCAGGUCCCGCCCACAGAGAGUGACCUACCAAUCACUAUUCCCUUAAGUCCGCUUCAGCCUGGGUCUGCCUAUCACAACAGACCCUCUUUCCUUAGCAUAAUCUCCAAACCAGGACUCUUCUGUAAAUCAGGAUAAAAAUACACCAAUAAACCAGGGACUAUUUUCAAACCUGUCAUCUUCAGCCAGAACCACUCAACUUUCCACAACAGUAGACACUGACACCACAGACACACACACACACACACACACACACACACACACACACACACACACACAC